UUUACCACACCACACCACACACCCUGAGCCCUCAAACCCUUACCGCAUUCAUUCGCUCUCUCUUUCCUUCGCUCUAUCUUUCUACCUCUCUCCCUCUCUCUCUAUCUAUCUUAUACCCUGCAAUUCGCAAACCCUACCCUCUCAAUCUUCGACGCGCACUUCAACGUUCAACCCUACCUCUCUCUCGCAUUCCUUCGUCUAUUCGCAUUUCCUCUCCUUCUUCUGUUCCGUUUUCGGAUCUCUCUGUUUUCGAAUUCCGACAAUCCCGAACUCCACGGCGAUGGGCGACGGCAAGGUCAAUCUCCCUGACGAUCUCUUCCUCUCCAAGACUUCUGAUUCCCUCAGAGAUGAAGCAUCCGGAGGACAUGGUGGGGAGAAAGGAAUUGCAGCGCUACUUGAUGAUUCGAAAGAUCAAUUGUCAUCUGACAACAGCAUACCCCUAUCCCCACAGUGGCUGUAUUCCAAACCUGUUGAUGCAAGGACAACUGCCAAUCCGGUGGGGGUGAACUCAACUGAUCCCAUACUGAAAGAUAGUUGGCGUUUGGAGGGGUCCCAGGACAAGAAAGACUGGAGGAGGGCAGCUCCUGAUGUUGACAUCAGUCGCCGCUGGCGUGAAGAGGAGAGGGAAACAAGCUUGCUUGGGAGAAGGGAUCGCAGAAAAGAAGAUCGUCGUUUGGAGAAUACUUCAACAUCAGAGAAUAGAUCCUUGCCCUCUGAUCGCUGGCACGAGAGCCGUGGUUCUGGCCAUGACUCUAGAAGAGAGAAUAAGUGGUCAUCAAGAUGGGGUCCUGAAGAUAAAGAGAAGGAUUCUAGAAGUGAAAAAAGAAACGAUGUUGAGAAGGAAGAUGGUCACACUGAAAAACAGUCUUCUGUUGGUGGCAAUCGCAUUGGGUCUGACCGUGACACUGAUUCUCGUGAUAAAUGGAGGCCACGACAUCGAUUGGAAGCUCAAGCUGCUGGUGUGGCUACAUACCGUGCUGCACCUGGAUUUGGGCUGGAGAAAGGACGUAUAGAAGGCUCCAAUGUGCGAUUUUCACCAGGAAGAGGAAGGGCUAACCUUAAUGGAAACUUACAAAUUGUAAGGUCUCCUAUAGGCUCUAGUCUUGGAUCUGCACUUGUGGAUAGGAAUAAAACUAUACUGGGGAAGUCUAGCCUUGGUGCCGAUUUGUAUUACUACCCGAGGGGUAAGCUCCUUGACAUAUAUCGCAAGCAAAAGGUUGAUCCAAAUUUUGAUAGCCUGCCUUCUGAGAUGGAGUAUACAUCGCCCUUUACUGAACCUGGUGCUGUUGAACCAUUAGCAUUUGUUGCUCCUGGUGCUGAGGAAGAGGUUGUCCUUAAAGAAAUAUGGAAAGGAAAAAUUACUAGCAGUGAAGUUGCGGGCUAUUCCUUUAGAGGAAGGGAUGGAGGGUCAAAUGAUGAUAUUUCAGGCCCUGUUAUUGUAAGUGAAGGAAAACAGCAACCUUCCAUUGGCAGCAGUGCAAAGGUUAUAUCAGGAAGUGAUAUCUCGGAUGAUUCUGAUCAAAUAUUAAUUAGUUCAGCAUCAACUGCUGGUGGUUUAUUGAGAAACAUUGUUGGGGAAGUUGCAACUGUCCAAGAUGGCAAGCAGAAACAAAUGCCUGCUAUUGGUGUGCAUGGCAGAGAUGAGAGUUCUGUUAGCAGGAUUGGAGACGGCAGCAUUCCAGGAAACAAAGUUGUUGAAUCAGCAACUUUUGAUCUCCAUCAGGGACAAUCUUUAGCUUUUCUGGAACAUGCUAAUCGGAAUGGUGUUGAUUCAAUUGGUGGUUCUGAAAUCAAUAGCAGUCUACCUGAUGAUUCUCGCAAUCUCUUUGAUUUUUCAUCUCUGCAGCAAACUCCAAACAUUAAUCAACAGGACUUCAAAGUUAAUGAGAAGACAUAUGUGCCUGAAAGUGUUAUUGCUCUUGAGGAGUUGAGUUUGUGCUAUCUGGAUCCUCAAGGGGAAAUUCAAGGACCCUUUCUUGGGAUUGACAUUAUUUUGUGGUUCGAACAAGGAUUUUUUGGAAUGGACUUGCCUGUUCGCUUGUCAGAUGCUCCUGAAGGAUCACCAUUUCACGAACUUGGUGACAUUAUGCCUCAUUUGAAAGUCAAGUCAGGAUUAGGCUCUGGUAGUAAUAGGGUUAUUCAAUCAGAACCUUCUGAUGCCAUUGGAAGGAACCUAAAAGUAGAUGUGCAUAAUUUUGAUUAUGAUGGGUCUUCUGCCAGCGAUGAUCAACCUUGGUCUUCUUCCCGACCUGAUACUAGCUCAAGUGUUGGUAUUCCUUCUCAAAUACCCAAUCAAAGUUAUCACUCUGAGGUCAAGUUCUCUGAUGAUCAGGGCUUCGGUAAUAUUGUUGCACAUGAUGAGGAUAUCUCUUUGUCAAAAUUGGCUGGAAGCAUAAAUGAUAAACCUUUGAUGAGGCCUAUGGAUGUCAAUGCUUUGCAUUCUCAUCCUACUGGAAAACCUGUUGCCAAUGAAGUUGCAGUGAGUGAUUCUCACCAUGAAGCUGAUAAGUUGCACCCAUUUGGGUUAUUGAUGUCUGAACUCAGAGAUGGUUCUCAUUUAAGGCGUGCACAAUCUUCCAAUAGUUCUAUGAGGUUGGGUGAUCAGGGUCAUUUUCUAGAUCCGUUAAUGGAUAGAGAUGCUCCUUUUACUGAUCAACAAAGCUGUAUUAGUGGCAUGGUUAAUCAACCUUCUUUCAGGGAGAAAUGGGGUGAUAAAUAUGGGACAAUUAGACAUUUUCAGGAAGAUCAGUUCCUUUCCCAUAUGGGACAAAUUCAGAAAGAAAGGCUUCAGCAGCAGAGUAAUAUAUCUAAUCAUUUCCCUGCUCAUCUUAAUGGGUCAGAGUUAGAGAGGUUUCCAGGUUUUGCACUUUCGCAGAACAUGAACUCCAACCUACAGCAGAUGAUGCAGAAUUCUGGGUCAGAUUUUGAACGUAUUCUGGAACAUCAGAUUCAACAAUACCAGCUUGAGUUACAGCAACAGCAAGAUAUGCAUCACCAACAAUUAUUACACCAACAGAUGAAACUUCAGCCCCAGCAACAGUCUCAAGUCCAACAAUUGCUUCAUGAACAGUUUAUGCAGCAGCCAAUCCCUGAUCCCAACUUUGGGCAGUCCAAACAUGAUAUUUCGAGGGAUAACCUGUUAGAUCAGGUACAAAUGAGGAGAUAUAUUAAUGACUUGCAUCUGAAUUCACAUUCUUUAAGGCACCUUGAUCCAUCAAUGGAACAUAUUAUCCAAGCAAAUAUGGGCCUCAAUGCUGCACAAGGAAGGCAAGCUGAUUUGUCAGACCUCUUGUUGCAAGCAAGGCAUGGUAAUAUAUUACCUUCUGAACAACAGCUUCAUUUUCAGCAAGAUCAGUUGCAGGCACAGCAGCUAUCUUUGGCUCUUAGACAGCAGUUAGGCUUAGAUGGAGAAAGGCAUUUUGGUAGGUCAUGGCCAAUUAAUGAAACAGGACAGUUGAUUAGAAAUCCUGGAACCCAUCAACUAGGUCUUUCAGCAGGAUUUAAUGUUUCAGAUAUUCACAAACAGCAGCAGAGGCUUGUGACACAAGAGGAGCAAUUAAAUUACUUGGGGAGGAAUCUUCCAGAGCAGAACCAGAGAGGGUUCUAUGAUAAUCCUAUGAUGUUUGAGAGGUCUGCACCUAUUUCCCAAGGAAGGGAAUUACAUGACCGUCGUCGCUAUUUACAUCGAGGUGAUCAGAUGGAUUCUUUAUCCUCUCAUCAUCUACAACCUACUGACGAUCUCUUUGGUCACCACCCUGAUGCCUUCAAGGGUUCACUCCACGUCAACAAUGGACAUGUGGAAAAUAGCUGGAUUGAUCCCCGGGUGCAACUACAGCAGCAUCUUGAAGCUGUGAGGCAGAGAAGAGAGUUAGGCGAUACUGUUUCAUCAACAGAUCUGAACAUGUCUGGAUCUGUUGGCUCUCAUGAAGACAGUUCCGCACGAGGUUUUAUGGACCUACUUCAUAAAAAACUGGGUGUUCAAUCCGCACAACCAUCAGCUGUUGAUAAAUGGCAUCCUCUUUCAUCAAGAAGUGACAAAUCUUGGCAUGUUCCAGAGGCUAGUUCAAUAAUGCAUCCUUUUGAGCUUCAGCCUGAUCAUCAGCAAGUCCAUCUGAAUGACCCUUUUUUAGAAAGGGCUCAGAGUACUAAUUCCAAUGCCUUAAUCCAUGAUCAUUUAUCCAGCAUGCAUAUCUCUGACCAAUACAACAAUCUAGGGAACACUGAAAGAAUGCCUCUUCGGUCUAGAUCUGGUUCAUUACUUGAAGAACAACCAGUGUUAUCUGCAAAUAUGGACCCUUUACAUCCCAAUUACAGAAUUCCUUUUCAGAUUGGUAAAUCAUCUAUGGAAAAGGACUUACUGGAGUUAGAAGCAAAUAAGGGUCAGAGACAUGAAUAUAUGGGCACAAUUAAUAAUUUAGUUCCUGGGAUGUCGGACAUGUCAGAGCAAGUGGAAAACAUCAUGAAUUCCAUGGAACUACCUGCAAUUGCCCAUAGUAGACAUAGCUCACUGAGCAGUGCAGGUGGUGAUGGCUCAUUUGGUCGAGAGAUAGGUUUGAAUAAUUCACGAGAUGAGGUUUCUGGUGACAGGAUACCUCCUUCAACCAAAGGUUUUGAUAAUACUUUCCAUAAGCGCCCCCAUGUGUCUCGGGUUUUAUCUUCACCUGAUGUCCAGUCAGACCAGCCAUCCGCACCCAGUGUCAAUCAAAAUAACUUAAUAAAUCUCACAUCUAGUGAAGGGAGACGAGAACCGUCUGCAAAUUCGUCAAUGAGUAGCAUGACAGAUGCUCAGGCUGCUGGAAAAAAAGAGGUUCGGUUUAGAUCUUCUUCGUUCAGUGAAGGUGCUGUGUCAGAGACAUCAUUUAUGGACAUGCUGAAAAAGCCCGUUCUUCCUGAGGUGGUGGUGGAGUCGCAUGCCGGUAGUGGAAUUGGGAGUGAGUCAUCUGAUGCAGCACAAGCAGCAAGAGGGGGGAAAAAGAAAGGGAAGAAAGGAAAACAGAUAGAUCCUUCUCUUCUUGGUUUCAAGGUCUCCAGUAACCGGAUCAUGAUGGGUGAGAUUCAACGCCCUGAAGAUUGAUAGUUAAUUGCUUGUAGAUUAGGUGUAAAAUUUUGCGAAUUUUUGUUUUUUUUGGGGGGAUAAAGGAUGAAAUGGUGUACAGUCCGCUAGAGCAUAGCUAUAAUAUCUGAAUACAUCUGUUUUUUACGAUAGGUGUAUAAUAGAUUUGCAUUUUUAAAGCGUCGACGAGUGUGUACAUAGUCAGUCAGUCAGUCACUGAUGAGUGUAUAUAAACGAGGAAGCUAUGCUUGUUAUAUGGCUAUGCUUAUUAUAUGGUGGAUGAUUUUGGUGUGUGGGAGGAGGGGGGAUAGACACAAUAGAAGAAUCAAAGAGAAUUAAUUGUAUCCAUCGUGGUUUGUUCAAGAGUUAAAUUCUUAUUCUCUUCAUUUCAAAA